UUGAAGUGCAGUGCGUCGUCAAACGCUGGGCUGAUACCUAUGAGAGGGCGCAAAACAAGCUUAAUUCCCUCCAGUACUCAUCUGACAGUAACAGUGGAAGAGAAUUGGGACGGGGCAAAAGAAGGCGGCGACGUGCAAUGCAUUUUCGAGAUGAUGAGGAGAAUGGCAGCUCAGACUACGAUGAAAAUGAUGAAUAUGUCCAACCAAGGGCACCAACACCACCUCAGCCAUUAUCCGUGACAGGCAGGUAUGAGCCGACCUCGGGAGAGCUGUCUUACCAACUCCCGCACUGUACAGAUGUUCGGGACUGUUCAUUUUCACUUAUGGAGGCUUCACAACCAAGUUCACAGGCCAAUGCUUUGCACAGGUCUGUAGCUACCCAUGCUGAAGCCCCAAGAUUAUACACAGACUUGCAAACUCAAGGUUCAGCCUACAGGCCAGUAUCCACAUCUCUUGCUGAAACUACAAGGUCAUGCACAAAUCCACAUGUGCUCGGUUCAUCAUACACACUAGUAUCCACACCCCUUGCUGGAGCUACAAGGUCACGCACGGAACCACAUGUGCUUGGUGCCUUAUGCAGGCCUGCUUCGACACAUGCUGAAGCUGCCAGCUUCACUGAGUUGCAACCUCUUGAUUCAUCGUACAGGCCGGUAUCCACAUAUCUGACUGGAGCUACAAGGUCACACACAGAUCCACAAGUGCUCGCCUUCAUGGAAAGGGUCUUACAGGUACUUAAUGGUAUUAAGCAGACCCAGCAGGCCCAUUCACAAUGCCUUAAUGAGCUGCUCAGCAAUGCCAACAGUGCAUCUUCACAACCUUGUGACCUCCCUGAUUUGCCUUUUUUGGAUGCGACAGACGUGCUUGACUAUGACAAAAAGCUUGAGACAGACAGACAAGCUCGACAUCAAAUGAAGAAGCACUUGGCUGUCCAAGGAGGGGACUCAACAAAACAGAAAACAACACGCAUUCUACAGUCCCUCCUUAGUAGGAACGCAGCAAUAAGCUUCAGUUGGUUUGGAACGAAGGGGGAAAAAAAAUUCUCAGAGUUGAAUCUGUGCAAGCUAAUGUGUGGCACAUUGACUAAUGACAUCAGGCACCCAGAUGCCACCCUUAAGGAUGUCGAGAGGGCCGCCAUGACGUGGUUCCGCCAUGCUGCCGAGCGACUUGCUGCUCAACAAAUAUAAUUUUGUUAAUUUCGCCACCAAAUAUGAUCAUGCUGAAGUCAGCUUUCUUGUUGCAGAUUUUCUGCAUGGCCUGUAUGAACAUAUUUUUUCACUAGUGUUUCAUCCUUUUUUUUUUAAUGUUACCAUUGCCACAUUCAGUGCCAUCAUUUUCUUAAUGUAUAGUUUCCUGUGCCUAGCUGAAAUUUUUAUUUCCUGAAACUUAAUUUCUUUACUGGUGCACACAGCUUGCACUGCCUAACUCUCUUCUAGCAGUGUAGGAUUAAGAGUUAAGAGAGCAGAACUAAGACUAAUUAAAUGCAUCAUUGGCCUAACUGGGAACACUGUUGUACAAUGUUUAAUAAGUGCACAGCAAUGUAUACAAAAACACCUUAGCAAGUAAAUACAACUGAAUUCUGCACUACUAGAUGAGAGUUAAGCAGGCUGUGCAAACCAGUAAAGAAAUUAGGUUCCAGUAAAUCAAAAUUUCUCUUGGGCACAGGAAACAACAUAGCAAAAGAUUAUUUUAAACUUUGUAUUAGUAGGUUCUGUGAGGAGAAUGAGACUUAAUUACAUAUGUGUUCAUCUUAUAAUGGGAAGCGUGCAA